AUAUUGGUUAUAUAUUUAGCGGUGGCACUGACUUCCUCAAUUUAUGUGUAUAUAGUGAUAUUGGCAACGGUUACUUUGACUUCCAUAAUUUACCGUGUAUAUUGGAAAUAUGUCGUCGGAUUAUAUUGGUUUCCCCAUGCGAUAUAGUUUUGUUUUUAGUGGCUACAUUGCUAUCCCUUAAACCUAACCUUUCUGAAUAUUUUCAUUACCUAUAAAAAUUUGUGUCGGCGUAACUUAACAAUGAAUCGUAGAAGUAAACGUAUCUUGGAUCUAGCUCGAGACAAGAGCCUAGCAGAUAUGACUCCUUCAAGCUCGGAUAAUAGCCAAAUAAUUUCCGAUUCGGAAUAUAAAUUACCAGAAGAAUCCGAAGCAGAAAGUUCGUGGGAAUGUGGAUACAGAGAAAGUGAUUUUUUUUUGGAUAGACCUAUUGAACUGCGUCAAGAAUUGCCCGACAGUACAUAUACUACGAUGCAAACAAUACAACCAGGUUUACCUCCCGAAGAAAAUAAUAGCGUUGACCACAAUUACUGUGUCAGUCUCAGACAAAAUGACAAUCUGGAUUCCGAAGUUAAAACACCUGGAAAAACUCGACGUGUUAGGAGAAAACAUCAAUGCCUAUAUUGUAAUCAAGAUGUCGGAAAUUUCUUAAGGCACAUGGAGCGUAAUCACUGGGACGAAUUCCAAGUACAGGAAAUUUUGUCGCUAGAGAAGAAAUCUAAGAAACGGAUUAAGUUGAUUGACAAACUUCGUAAGGAAGGUGACUUUUCUACAUCAAAUAUUGUACCUGUAAUGGCAAACAAAAAAAAGCUAGUUGAAGACUAUAUUGUUUGCAAAUUUUGUCAAGGCUAUUAUGCCAAGAAUAGCCUUCGUCGCCACGCAAAAAAAUGUUUCUUUAAUCCCGAUCCGAGUCAACGCUUUCAAGCACAGAUUGAAGGUCAAACAGUAAUGGUUGGGAAUUUUGGACCGAAUGAUCCUUUAAAAAUUAGCGGUCUUAUAAACAUGUUACGAGCAGAUGAAACUUCGUUGGUUGCUAAGAAAGAUCAACUUAUUUGUGAAGUUGGUAGGCGCUAUAUAAAAAGUCACAAAGAAAAACAUCUUUUGGUAGUAGCGAAACGGAACAUGAGACGAUUAGCUCGUUUACUCAUCAGCGUCAGAACACUCAAAAAUAAUAAAACACUUGGUUUAGCUGAGAUUCUCUUACCUAAAAUGUUUAAAAUACUGGUUUUAGCUACAAGAAACAUAGCAGAGUAUGACGUUGAAAAUCGAAGUUUUAAGUCCCCUUCUUUGGCACUUCAGAUGGGAACACUGAUUAAACAUGCAGUAAAUACAGCGUGUUCUAUUGAAAUUCAAAAGGAAAAUCCUCGUAAAAAUUAUAUAGAAAAUUUCAAGGAAUUAAUAAAACUUAUUGAUAAUGACUGGGCAAUUGAGGUUUCGAGCGAAGCAGGACAGAAUUUGGCUUACAAAAAAUUUAACAAACCAACAUUAAUACAUGUGGCGGAAGAUAUCAAGAAACUGGACCAAUAUCUUAAAAAUCUUAUUUCACAAGCCAAACUUGUCUUGGCAGAAAAUGAUCACAAUGAAAAAGCUUAUCGAGAUUUACUGGAAGGGAUAUUUUGCAGUGUCAUGAUUUUUAACAAAAGGUGGGUAGGGGAACUCCAAAAUCGCGAUGGAUUCUACACUCUCUUUGGUAAAUCUGAGAAAAAAUUUUGAUCUUGAAAAUAAUCAGUAUCUUUUUGGUUUACCGGGAACAUUAAAUCCAAUUGGAGGAUAUACGGUCAUGAGAAAACAUUCAUUACUGGCGCUUGGUGGAAACAAGGCAGCAGCAUCAUUGUUGACUUCCACUAGGUUAAGAAAGCAGUUGGCAACUAUCACUCAGAUUUUUAAAAUGGACAAAAAUGAAUUGGAGCAGCUUGCUUCAUUUAUGGGUCAUAAUGAAAAAACCCAUUCAGAAUUUUAUCGUUUGCCAGACGACGUUUACCAAACCGCUAAAGUGAGCAAGUUAUUAUUACUUUCACAAAACAGUGCGUUAUUUGAAAAGAACAAAGGGAAACCUCUGAGUGAAAUAGAAUUAAAUGAUGAGAUCAUAGACGAAAGUGAAGAAAAUUAUUUAGAAGAUAUUUACGAAAAUGUGUUAGAAAAUCAAAACCCGAAUCAAUUGAAAAAUCAGGAUCAGGUUCCUGCCUUUGGUGUAGCAGACAUUCCUAGAGAAAAAAAACGGAAACGUAAGCUGGUACCAUGGACAAACGACCAAAAAAAAAAUACGGAGUGUUUUUUCAAAAAACACAUUAAAAAUAAAAUUCCUCCAAAAAAGCAGGAGGUAAUGAGAUUAAUCGAGAGUCAUCCUGGGAUUUUUACAAACAAAACAUGGCCAGUAAUAAAAGUUUACAUAUUCAAUAAAUUUAAUAAAAAAUAACGGGUCUGAAGAUGUGUUAUUUACAAAUUUAGAAAUGUUUUUUAGUUUGUCAAUGAUAACGAAUGUUACAUGAAAACUAUUUUUGUUUCCAAAUUUUUGCUACGAAAAAGGUUUAUUUUUUAUUUUAUUAAUGCAAUCUAUUUUAUUUUAAUUCAUUUGAUCAUUGCGUAUAAAAUAUGGUAAAUAAA